UUCAGGAAAACUGUCGGCUAUUUGAAAUCGCUUUGCUUGUGUGUUGUUGUUUUUUUGCCAUUUUUACAACUUUUAUCCGCAAAUGGAGCUUUUUAACGAAAGUGAUACAUUUAAGAUGUACUUUUGCGAGAAUAGGUUAAAAACUUUUGAAGGGUGGCCAUUUGACGAAGACUGCGCCUGCACACCGGAAAACAUGGCAAAGGCUGGCUUCAUUUACACGCCUGUCGACAACAGCCCGGAUGCUGCCACGUGUUUCUUCUGCCUCAAGGAGUUGGAGGGCUGGGAGCCGGACGAUGACCCACAGAAAGAGCACAAAUCGCAUUCACCCUCGUGUCACUUCUUGGCCCUGAAGAAGAAAGUAGAGGAGCUGCCUUUGAACGAGUUCUUGAAGCUCCACCAGGCGAGGCACAAGCGCCUCAUCAGCAAAAACUGUAACGAGGCCGUCGACAAGUUUGAGGUGGCUGCAAGAUUGGUGAAAUCGGAAAUUCUCAAGAUGGAAAUGGGCAAAUAAGACAUUGGGGACGGCGUGGCGCAGUGGAAGAGUGGCCGUGCACAACCCGAGGGUCCCUGGUUCAAUUCCCACCUAGUACCAACUUCGUCACGUCCGUUGUGUCCUGAGCAAGACACUUCACCCUUGCUCCUGAUGGGUCCUGGUUGGCGCCUUGCAUGGCAGCUCCCUCCAUCAGUGUGUGAA